CUCUAUGUGUCUCCCCUGUCUGUGCUCUGUUACUAACACCCCGCCUCUUUCUCUCUCUCUGGAUGAGCAGCCAGUCGGUGUCGAUCGUCCAGACGAUCUGGAGCACUGUAGGACCUGAACCUCCUGAACCGGCUCUUACAGAUCAAAGACCCAAAGAGUUCUGGACAAACAGAAACUUUAAACCAUGAACAACAGACUGGACCAAAGAGGAAGAGGAAGUGGAGCAGGUGCAGGUGCAGGAGCAGGAGGAGGAGGAGAGAGGGAGUUCUUUCUCAGCACUCACCGCUGCCCUGAAGUUGACCUGCUGCCACAUCACAGCUGUCAGACACAGAUUCCUCCACCAUGUUCAGUAGUUCCUGCAGAGACAAGCUGUGAUGUCACCUGUCAAGGUCAGACUGAGGAAAAUUACCUGGACAUUUCCUCCACCUGCUGCUCUAAAGAAGAGGAGGAAGAAGAAAAGGAGGUAAAGGUGGAGGAGGAUGAAGAGGGGAGCGUCAGCGACUGGUCGGAGGAAGAUCUCUCGCUCCACUUCUCUCCAUCUGUCAUCCUCCCGUCAGACGAGGAAGAGUCCGAUCCAGAAAGCGGCUUUGAGUGUAUCGAUGUCACCAUGGAUACACAGGUAAAAGGUUCAGAGGGGGAGGGGCAAAAGAUGGUCCCAAAACGAUUGAUUCAACUGAAGAAGAAAAACAACAACGCUGAAAACAACACUGAGAAACUGCAGGUGAUACUGAAGGACGGACCUGCUGAAGGGGGAGGAGCUUACAGUGAGGUGUCAGCCAAGGAAUUGCUCUGUCCUACCAUCCAUCGCUGCCCUGACCUGUUGCUACGGCAACACAGUAUGCCCGCCUCCCUCCACAUGCACUCGACCACCAGCAGUGACGUUGAAAGCUACAGGGUCUACAGGGGCCUGGUGGGAGGGGCCAGUCCAGGAUUUGCUGUCGGAGAUGUUGGAAUGUCAGCGCCGAGGCAGCGGCUGCAGAAGUCAUUCUCUUUGGAUGAAACCAAAACAAAAAUGGCAUCCUGCAUCAUUAAGAGUGUUCUGUCAAAGAAGAUGCAGGUGGAGCAGAACACCUGGAAAACUUCCGAACUGCAGAAGAAACCUGAGAUGGGCCUCCAUCAGCAGGGGAGGGAGGGGGGAGGAGGAGGCGUGUCUAAAGCUCCAGUUCACGUGGUCAGAGAUGUGAGGAGUUUACUUAAAAACACCUACAGCCUGUCUUUCUCCACAACAACACAUGACAAUAACAACCAGACAUCAAGUUUCAAGUUGAUCACUCAGCAGGACAGCCCCCCCCCCACCUACCAGCAGGCGAUGGGGGUCAAAGGUUCACUGAAUGCCCGAGGACAUGUCACCAAAGUUACUGCAGCUCUCAGCCAAUCACAGGACAGGGAUCAGAGCAACAGACUCAGUCAACAAAGACACGGCAGCGAGCCAAUGAUAAGAGAGGCGGAUGAUGUCACCUGGCCUGUCAGCAGUGACCAAGCAGGGAGAACCGGAGGUGUGAGUCACCAGGCUGGGACCUCCCUCCCCCCCUCAGUGUUUGUCCCGCCCACCCCUCCCUCCUCCAUCAGACACCCCCAGGGGACCAAGCCUCCACCCUCCACCCAGGAUGAGGAUCUGGUCCUGGGGUUGAUGUCUCAGUCUGCCCCAAAAACCUCGCACCAGAUCCUACACCCAUGUUUAUACACCCCCUCCGCCCUGCCGGUCUCCCCCCCCACCCUGCAGCCCCCCUCUGCCCUGCCAGUCUUCCCCCCCACUCUGCAGCCCCCCUCUGCCCUGCCAGUCUUCCCCCCCACUCUGCAGCCUUUCUCUGCCCUGCCGGUCUUCGCCCCCACCCUGCAGCCCCACCCGGAGAGGGUGAGCUUCAUCCAGACCGAGCUGCAGGCAGUUCCUCCUCUUCGCCUACUGAAGAGGUCUGAGGAGAACUGGUUGACUGGGAGCACCUCCGACCACCUGGACGCCUUCAUCAGGACCAGGACUGCAAGAGACCAUGACAACAACAGCAACACAGUGACACCUGCAACACAGGAGCAACAUGAGCAACACAAGCAACAUGAGCAACAGCAACCUCAACAGCAACUUCAGCAGCAGCAGUUUCUGUGCAGCCUUCAGGGUUUCUUACCUGCACAGGUGGGCAGUGACUUCCUCAUCGAAAUCCCGGGUGCUGCUGCAGCACCUAGGGCCCUCCUCAGUAGCCCCGCCCCCCAUGGUUGUCCCGCCCCCAUACACAUGAUGCUAGAACCGAAAAGUGGGCGGUACUUCUACGUGGAUGCGCCCCCACCACCUCAGAGGAAAAUGCUGCUGGAUCCAGAAACUGGUCAGUACAUCCAGGUGUUCCUACCUGCAGCCAGAUCCGCCCCCAACACCGGCGUAUUCCCAGUGCGCUGCGCAAACUCCACCCCCACUGUGAUGCACGUUGCACCCGCCAUGGUAAACCCCGCCCCCACCAUCCUGUCAGUGAUGCAGUUCCAGGCGCCGGUUGCCAUCUCCUCUCUGUACGCACCACCCUCCCUCCCAUCCACACUGCACCGACCAUCAGUGAACUUCACCCAUACAGCACCGUGAUGACAUCAUCAUCUCCAUGCAGAUCAAACUUCCUGUUUUCAGAGUUCAGUAAAAAUCACGACAUCAUUAACAAACUGUAAAUCAUAAUCAAACAACAACAAAUAAACAUGAUUGUUGAACUGAGUCUGCGCAAUAUCACUUUCAGUGUGAUUAUUAAUUAUCGAUUAUUGAUAAUUGAUAGUUGGUUACAGAUGUGUCUGUCGUCAUGACAACAUUUCACCUCAUACUGUUUUUGGGUUGUUGUUUGAUUUUAUUUUUGGAAGUUGAUGACCUGAAACCAAAAACACACAAAGAAGAGAUAAAUUCAUUUAUUUUAUUUUUGCAUUGUGAAACAACAUGGAAUAAUCACAUCGUUAAAAAAUGAAAACAAUCACACAAAAACAAUAUUAUAUUAUACAAUAAUACAAAAUUAAUAUAGCUUAAACUUUAAGAACCAGAAACACAAAUACAAACAACAAUGUGACAUCAUACGAUUAUUUAUUUAUUGAUUUAUUUACGUUCAUGAUUUUUACUAAUAAAUCAAAAAAUAAUGCGCUGUCAGUUCGGUGUGCUGCAGGGCUCCAUACUGGGAACCAGUUUAUUUUCAGUACUGGAAAUUUUACUGUUUGGAAAACACUACACAUGUCUCUGUUACAGUGACAGAAAAUACUUUUAAUAUUUAAUAUUUCCUGUUUUUUGUUUCUUUAUUCGACAGAAAUGUUUGAUCAAGUUUAAACUUUUGAUCUCAUGUUUUAAUCUUUUGAUCUCAUGUCGAAACAUUUGAUCUCAUGUUUUAAACUUUUGAUCUCAUGUUUUUUUUUUAACUUUUGAUCUCAUGUUUUAAACUUUGAUCUCAUUUUUAACAUCUGAUCUCAUGUUUUAAACUUUUGAUCUGAAGUUUUUAAGUUUUGAUCUCAUGUUUUUAACUUCUGAUCUCAUGUUUUAUACUUUUGAUCUCAUGUUUUAAACUUUUGAUCUCGUGUUUUUUUUAACUUUUGAUCUCAUGUUGAAACGUUUGAUCUCAUGUUUUUAACUAUUGAUCUCAUGUUUAAACUUCAUGAAAAUGAUUUGAUAAUUCAGGUUUAUUCUGUCUUCACUUCUGAGACAACACAAAUACAUAGGGUUGUUUUUCUUUCACUAUGAUUGUCAUUUUCACGAAAAGUUUUCAGGUUGUGAAAAGUUUAAAAAAACAAAUAUGUAGUUUUAUAUUAAAAAAAUGUCAUGUUGAUGAAGAAAGGUUUGUUUUGUCACUUUUUGUUUAGUUUUGUUUUUACGGUCACAAUAUUAAAAAUAUUUUUUUUUAUUUUUUGAUGUUAUAAAUAAACAUAAAUGAAAACUAAGAAUUUGUUUUGUUUGUUUUUGUUUUGGUUUGUGUAUCCUUCCUGCUUAUGGUGUAAAUAUAUUGAGGUAUCCAUGGCAACAGACACCAUCGUGAGGAAAAGUACAAACAAUAAAAAAUGUUAUAAUGAAACAGCUGUGAAAUUAAGAUUAUAAAGUCCAUUCAGUUUUAAAUGGUGAACUCAUUGAGCUAUGACAUCACACUGAGGUGCAGUUCUGAUUGGCUCAUUGACAGAGGCAGUUUGUUGACUUUAGAAUGAGACUGAAACAGAUCGUCAUGUUUCAUGUUCUCUAGUCUCGCCACCAGACAAUCAGAGAUCUCCGCCUUCUGAUAGUUUGGGGACACUCCUUUCUAAAGUGUCUUUAACACACCGGCGAAAACGGCCGGCAACAAAGCAACACCUCUUGCAUUUUUGAAAAGGACACGCCUUCUCGGAAAUGUGCGCUCCCCCUUUUCUCCUCCGCAAGGAAACAAACACACAGAGAGCUUGAAAAUGGAUGCCGAGAGAUUAAACUGUGUUUUAUCAAACGUGUGCUCAUCCGUGAAGAAAAUAUUUUUUCCAGUGGAUGUCUUAGUUAUAACUUGAUUGAGCUAACUGGAGUAGUUUCAUGUCGUAUCCGACAACGGGAGGCUUUUAACAGAUGACGUCCUGAUGUUAGCUUUGCUGCUAACUUGGUGUUAGCUGUCCCUGUCAGCUGCAGCCACUGAUGCUUUCUAGACAUUGUGAUUUCCCAAAACUGAAUAAAUACCACACAUAGCAACACAAAACUGCUUUGCUAGCUCAAUCAUGUUGUAACUAAGAUAUCCGCUGGAAAAGAUAUUUUUUUCACAGACCGUUUAAUGAGUUAUUACCUAUUACAGACAUCGCUAACAGCUAACAGGGCUAACAGCUAAUGGUUAGCCCAGCUAAGCGUGCACACAGAAAUAGUAAUGUUUGUUCAAUCACUGUGUUUAUAGACUUUACAAACAUCGGAUUAGUCUAAACGGUGAUACAGUGAUGUGAAAAAUGUGAUAUAUAUACAUUUAGCUAUAUAUAUAUUUAGCUAAAAGCUCUGCUGGUUUUCUACCUGGAAGUAUUUGUAAACAACAAGGCGAUUCCCUCUAUAGUCCGGUCGGACGGAUGAGUCAUGGCCUUGUAACAGAUUAUGUUUGUUUCUUUUAGUUGGCGAGAAUGUGUCGCCGCAAAUGCGACAAACAUCCACUAACGCUGACAGCGUUUUCUGCGAGCGCAACUUGAGCCAUUUUGUACCGCUACACGUGUUUCUAGUGGGACUAUGUUUACGAGCACAAGAGUUCAGCGAGCCACCGAAGGACCGCCCUGCAGAUUUACUAUUGGUUCUGCAACGUAGGGAGUUUUUUUAAACUCUGAAAUUGUAUCCGCCCAUCUAAACACAAAAUCAGGGAGAAAGUCAUCAGUCUUUAGUUAAGCAAAGCAUCUAAAGACUGACUUGUGAGUCUACAUGUUCUCAGUCUGAUUCAUUCAUUUAUGUCUGACCACAACUGGAAGGUAACUGACCUGAGUACUCAAGUAACUUCACGCAAGUUCAAAUUCAAGAUACUUUUACUUUAGUAUUUCCAUUUCCUGCUCCACUAUCUGUCCAUUGAAACCCAUGCAUCUCCAGAUGUUGGAUGUUUGUCAUAAACUGAAAGAUGAAGUGUUCCUUUAUGUGUCGAUGUUUGUGAUAAACUGAAGGAUGAAGUGUUCCUUUAUGUGUUGGAUGUUUGUGAUAAACUGAAGGAUGAAGUGUUCCUUUGUGUGUUGGAUGUUUGUGAUCAAUUGAAGGAUGAAGUGUUCCUUUAUGUGUCGGUGU